AGAGGGCACAUGCCAAACAGUUGAAAACUUGAACGUGUGAACAUGACAACAUGUGUACUAUGAAUUGUCUACGACGAAAUUAAUGAUGAGGGUUGUAGAAGAAAACGGUCUAAAAUUCCGGGUCAGUGAAGAUCACCAAACUCCAGAAAAGUCAGAUGUUUUUUUCAAUCCAAAAAUAAGAAUAAAUAGAGAACUGGUACUUUGUGGUUUGUCUGUGUACCUUGAUGAACAUAAAGAGUAUGCCCCAAAACCUGCUCGAUGUUUAGAUGCUUUUGCCGCCUCAGGUGCUCUUGGUUUGCAAUGGCAAAAACAUCUAAACCACCAGAAGCAUAUAACAUUGAAUGACAACAAACCUGCUGCUGUAGAAAACAUGCAUUUCAACUGCCAGGAGAAUGGCAUCCAUGUUUAUACAUCUGACAAAUUCUCUAGAAAACCAAGCAAGGAUGAUGAAAAUCUUUCGGAAACACCUAAGGAACCAAGGAGGGAAGAUGAAAAUCUUACGAGAGGAAGUGAUGGAGUUGAGAUUGUUUGUCAGGAUUCAAACAUCCUCCUUUUGCAAAGAGCAUUUGAUUUUAUUCACUUGGAUCCAUUCGGCACAGCUGUACAUUAUCUGGAAUCUGCUUUCCGCAAUACACCCAACAAGGGUGUUGUGUCUAUUACAUCAACUGAUCUGGCUUCUGUAUACGGGAGGUGUCCAAGAAUGACCAAGCGUCACUAUUCGGCCAACGUGAUCAGAAGCGAGUAUUACCGUGAGUUGGCUGCGAGGCUUAUAUUGGGAGCUGUAGCCAAAGCUGCAGCAAGAUGCAAUAAAGGAAUAGAAGUGUUAGUAUCUGUGGCAUAUGAACAUUUCAUUUUGGUUAUGGUGCGUGUGGUACGUGGACCUCAGCAUGCUGAUUUGAGUGUUGAAAAGGUCCAGCAGGUCAUCCAUUGCUUAAUUUGUGGAGACCGCUGCUUUCUUCAGGGAAACCAUACUGUAGAAAGUGACUAUUACGGAAAGUUAAAAUGCAAUUGCAAGCAAACUUCACCUGGUAAAACUGCUGUGUUCCUUGGACCUGUCUGGUCUGGAAGUAUUUUCAAAGCUGGCUUCAUAAAGAAAAUGCUGCACUGUGCUGAACGAUUAAAGCUAAGCCCUAAAAUAAUAGAGCUUUUAAAAACAUUACAUAGUGAAGCUGUAUGCAGUGAUAUUGUAGACUAUGAGAUGCACAAACACAAUUCAUUAUCUGAGACACAUAUUCAAAAAGUUUCUUCUACUUUAAAAUCUGCACCUGCUGAUGUCUCAGUAAAUCCAUCCACAGCGAAUGAAUUUGGAAAAUCUCGGCAAUGCACACAUCAAGAUGAUUCAAAUUGUAGCAAAGUGUUGACCUCUAAGAGAACCUGCGUGGACGUAAGUGCCCCAGCAAAGAGGGUUUGUAAAGACGACAGUCAUGAAACGCAAGUUCCUUUCCCCAGCUUCUACUUUAACGUCCAUUUACACACAGCCAAAGGGAAAGAUGCACUAAAAAUGAAGAAAGUUAUCCAGCUUCUAAAACAGAAUGGCUUCCAAGCAAGUAGGACGCACUUUGACCCUGUUGCUGUGAGAACAAAUGCUAGUUUACAGGAAUUUCUUAAGAUUCUCACAAGUAAUAGCUUACCCACGAGUACUAUUGACAAUGUGUAACGAUGCACUACUGGUUGAGUGCCACCCGAUGUGGAAGAUGUACGUCAAUAAUUUAUUUUUAGUACAGAAAGACCACAAUUAACUUGGACUAUUAUUAGCGGAAACAUUCUGAGCUGUUCAUUCAUUUACCAAUGUGACAUUUAAUGUGAUAUUUGAAGAAUUCAGUACCCCCAUAGAGCGCUAACACCAACGCAUUUGAUGUUUGAAGUACGCAGAGCUGUGUGUAUGUACUCAAGAAGAUGGUUGCCGUAGAUUUAGCCAAUCAUAAUAUGUCUAAGCAUCGUGUUCAAUGGCACGCUCAAUUUAACCUUAAAAAUUUUGAGUACAAAAAAUAAACUUGAGCGUUGUGGUGUUGCGUUGUAGCAAACAUGAUUGCGAUUUUCAUUCCUCAGUACAUUAUUUUUAAAUCAAGACAUUCCACUUGGCUUCUUUUUGGCUAGGAUAGUUUAAUAAUUUAUUAAUGUUGUUAUAAUAAUAAUUAAUGAAAUAAUAAUUAGGCAGAAAGCUUAUUUAUCGUUAUAAUAUGUAUAGUAAGCCUGAAGGUAGCGCUUUCCUACAGCGGCCAUCUUUUUGAGUACACAUACUCAACCCUGUAUUGCUUCAUCGCCUAGAUGAUUUAUAAGUUUCUAUUAACUCAAUUUAUACCGUAAUGAAUAAUCACAAAAUUCACAAUCAUCUAUACAGUAAUAUAAUAUGCUGUUCAUUAUAUGCAUAUGUUUGCCUGGUUAGAGACAAACGUUAUUAUUAAUUUAAAAAUGAAUUCCCAGAAAUGUUUGGAAUAUCUAGAGUAAACAGUAGAAAUAUAUAGAAUUUGCAUGUACAAUGCUGUUAAAUUGUCUAUUUCCCUUGGAAACAUGUUUAGCCAAUUUUCUUUGAUUAUGUUUAUGAACAUUAUACAGAUCUCAACCACUGUAAGUCAACACAAGGCAAGAAACUGCCUUCUGUGUAACAUUAAAUCUAAGUGUAUGAAUGCUUCAUUGCUGUUCUGUUGAUCUCUUAACAAUCAUGAGGUGAUGUACCGUAUAUAAAAAGCUUAUACUUACAAGAGAUAAACAUGUGUUUUUCUGAAAUAUAUUGAUUAAAUGUUUUUCAAUUAUUGUCAGUGAUUGAUAAUAUGAAGCCAGAAGCUACUAAUAAUUGUUUAUAUAACUGUUUGUUUUGCACAUGCGUGGGACUAAGGAAGUAAGCCAAAUAUAUCCCCAAAGGGUCUCAAUCUUACGGGACACAAGUUGCCACUAGCUUGUGUAGGUGUACAGUAGCUUGGUGGAUAAAGAUGUUUUCCUUUUUGAAUUCCAGGGUCCUGGGUUCAAUGUGACAGCACAUGAUUUUUUCUUGCGACCAAAAAAACAUCUCCAAUUUCUAAGCCUCCCAAUUAGACUACCCUUAUGCACAUCCCGACUAACAGUCUUUGCCUAGGAAAAUCCUGUGUUGUUACGGCCUGAAGCCAAACAUCUGUAAAAUAUAAACAUUAAAACAUGAGCAUAUAGUGGUGUAAAGAUGUGUAUGAAGGUGUUUGCAAGCACGUUUUUAAAUUUUACGUUUGCUUGUGUCGGAAAUUGCCCAGGACAGAUGAGUCCAACCGUAAUCAAAAUGGACAUGGACUCAAAAUGUAUAUGAUGAUGAUGUGACCCUUCCAUCCAUUUUCAUUCCCGCAAAUGUUAUAGGAAUAGCUGGAAAGGUCACCUUUUAUAAAUAUGGUAAUUAUUUUAUAGCACACACAAUUUUAAAAACAGAAUAAUGCUGUACUUGUGUAACUCUAAGAAUCCUGCAUACUAGCCAUGUGUUCAUAAAGUUUGAAAUGUAUCUUUGCUUCACUGUAAAUUACUCAGGUAUUUUAUCUAAGUUUGAGAAAGAGCAUUAAGAAAAGAGGAAAUGAUUGACACAAACUAAAUCAUUCCGUGAAAGUUUUGAUGCUGAAUGACAAACCCUAGUGGUACAUUACCAUGAAUAAUUUGUCUGUAAUUUGACCUUUAAAGGUCGUUUUAAAACACCUCAACUAUAUUGCGUCAUAAUUAAAAUUUAAUAACAUAAUAUUUGAUAAUUCAUAUUAUUUUAUGACAUUUGUGGGAUGGCGUCAGACGCAGUUAAAAUGCGCCAAGCUGUACACCUUAUUUACGUGUGUCCUUGAUUUACGCGUGUCUCAUAAUCAUCUAGCUAGAUUCGCCACCUGCAAUUCAGCCCAUUUAUUGACAUCAACCAGCUUACUGACAAAUUCCAUCACAUGACAUUCUAAAUCCCAGUUGAUCUUUUCUUAUUUGAUGAUAUGAAAUGUUCGGGCAGCUAGUGGAAUGGUUGAUCCGUUCGGCUGUUAUUAAACACUGGCAAACUGAUCCAUAUUGUUUAGCAGUCACAGAACAAACAU